AUUCAGCAAGGCGCUUUUUUAACAGCUGACCCCCCCCCUGAGCGCAGCUCACCGAAACGCAGGGGGACCCUGUGUGCCUGCCGUGGGAACGCAGCCCCACACCACACGCCCUCAGGGCCCGUGUCGUGUUAUCGCGGCCCCUUGCUGACCUGGACACAGCCGAACACACCCGCUAACACCUGAGGAGUCGGAAUCCGAAAAGCGGCGUGCGGUGGCACAACGCAGCCAAAAGCCCAAGACACGUCCCCCUGUUCACCUACUAAGAUGGUUCAUCUCCUUCCCUCGCCUCGGUCCUCCCUCCUCCUUCUCACUCUCCUGGGCAUGAGCGUGGUGUCCUCAGGCUUCCCAUUGCCUCGUCUUCGCCCCCUGGAGAGUUCUCGACUGGCGUCUCCGCCAAUCAGCCAAGAUGUGUCCAAACUGGCCCAGUGGGAAGUGCUGUAUCCCUCCUUCUCCCUUCGUGACUGGAGCAUUCAGAUGAUGUCACCUCCGGAGUUCUCUGCCCCCAAACCCAAGGCUGAGCUCGUGGCUGAUGACACCUGGCUGCCCAUGAGCCAAUCACAGACGGAGGCUCUCACAGAGGAGUCAGAACUUGGAAAGAACUGGCCGUCUGAUUCGUCCCCACGAGCAGGUAAUGAGGAGAAGAGGAAUAUUGUGGUGGCAGACGAUGCUGCAUUUCGGCAGAAAAGUAAACUGCUGACGGCCAUGGAGAGGCAGAAGUGGCUCAACUCCUACAUGCAGAAACUGCUGGUGGUCAAUUCCCCAUGA